UUUCAAUGUAAUCAAGCUGUAAUUAUAUAAUCCAAUCCAUUAGAAUAAAACAAAUACGGAUUCGAGGAGAACUUCAACGGCUCCAGUGUUUCAGAAGAGAGUUAGGACAUCAUCAUAGUGGAGCCACUUGACGAAUAGAAACAAGCGUAAUUCUCUUCAUCCAUAUUGUUAGAAUAAACAAGGCAAAUGCUCUCUAUUUAACGGGUUAAAAUCAAUCUGUUCAAGGCUCCUCUUAUUCUAACAAAUAAACCAAUCAAUCAGCAAUACCAUCUAGGAUUUAUUCUCAAACAAACCAAUCCAAUCAACCAGAACAUAAACCAUAUUUUUAACAAUCAUAAAGACCUGUCUAUGAUCCUACUGCUUCUGUUCCCAGAAAAUAUGAUCCCAAUCUUAUUUAAAGAACUUAAUAACAAUAACCACCACUUAAAUCCAAUGCUAACCAAUAAAUACUACCAACAAUGGAACCCUAACCAAGAAUUACACAAACAGUAGUAAAACAAACCGAAAAAUAGUUUCAUCAGCCUAAUAAUUAUGAUAAUUAUUAAAGAGAUAGGAACUUUUAAGAAUAAUUUGAGGUGAGCGAUGAUGAGGAUGUAUUUUAAAUUUAAGAUUAACAGAAAUCCUCAUAAAAAUAACCAUCAGUCGCAGAUUUGCCUAUAGAAAGGAAAAUCGCUAAUUCAAUCACUCCCUCUGACAAAAAACCUAUUUAAAUUUAAUAGUCUGCACAAAUGAGAGAAUCAAAAGCUCCUGUUUUGACAGAAAAAGAUAAAUAAUAAUUAAUUGCCAAUGCUAAACAAUAAAUGUUAACUCUUGAUUUGCUAGCAUCAAAAUUGUCCACUCAGAAUUACACUGGCUAAGACAUAUGUGAAAUUGUUAGUAUCUAAAAGGGAAUAAUUAAAUUGAGUUAGGAUUUAAAUAACAUUCUAAGCCAGGAUCGAAAUUCUAUUGUCUUGGUUGGAAUCAUUGGGCAAAAUAAAUCAGGUAAAAGUACAUUACUUAAUGAAAUUGCUCACACUUCUAAUAAACAGAAAUUUGGAAACAAUGGAAUUUGGAUGUUAUCAAAACCACUCAUAAUAGAAUAAAAAAGCUAUUAUUUUAUAGAUUGUUAAAGCACUGAUAAUUAAUUGCUUUACGCAUUGGUUAUGUUAAGUUGUUCUACCCUAUUAUAUAACACCCUCAAAUUAGAUGAUAAUAGUAUACAGUGUUUUCCUGUGCUUGACACAAUUUUCAGAUUAUUAAUUAAUGAAUAUGCAUUGAUGCAAUUAUUACCUAAUUUUAUAUGGGUUUAACGAGAUGCACUUUAAGCUCGUCCAAUUAUUGAGUUGCAAGAGUUCCUUGUCAAAGCCAAUAAGGGUUAGUAAUUUGAAAAUUUGAUUAAAUAACGUGAUGUGGCUUGCAUUGCUCCUCAAGGCACUUCAGAGUAUUAAAAUUCAAUUUCAUAAUUGAAGGAUAGAAUUAUUUUGGGCAGUGUUUGUAAAUAGGUUAACAGUUAUAACUUGAAUGGACCUCUAAUGUACUUGUAUAUGGAAUAAAUUGUUGAUCUGCUCAAUAAACCAAUUGCUUUAUAAUUAGAUUAAUUGUGGCUAUCAAUUUGCGAAGAUUACACGAAAGCCAUUUAUAAUUAAAGUCUCAAUUCAUUCGUCCAAUAAGUUGACAAUUGGAUGAAAGAUAAUCAGAAAGUAGAUGAAAUAGAGAUAUAUAAACAAUUCAGAGAUUUCAAAGAUGUUUCAUUGUAAUAGAUAUUCCCGACUUGCUUUUUAAAUAAUAAGAAUCGAUCUUAUUAGCAAUACAAAAAGAAAUUACAGGAAAUAAUUGCUUCUAAGGAGAAAUAAGCAUUAUAAUAUUGUCUCUAUACAAGUUAAUGCGAAAAUGAUGCGCUAAUGACCAAGAAUAUUAGUAAAAUGAAUUUCAAAGAUAUUGACUCUUUCUCAUAAUCAUUCAGCAGCAUGAUAGAUUAAUUGUUGAAGCAAAAAUACUAAUUCUAGUAAUGUUCUGCCUUUGCAGAAUGUUUACAAAAGAAUUACAAAAAAUUAAUCGAAGAGCUAUUCUCUAAAUACUAAAAGUAAUAAGCUAAUUCAAGCGAGGAACAAUAAUAUAAUUUGCAAUAAUCAAAAAUAUAAGUUUCCAAUAAGGAAGAUGAAUUGAAAAAGAAAUAAGAAUAGGUAACUUUUCUAGAGAAGAAAAGGAGUCUUUUAAUUAAAGAGAUAGAGGGUUUACAAGAUUAAAUAAAACUCGAAAGAGAUUCAAUUGCACCUGACGCUAGGUAAUCUCAAUAAGGUCCAAAUGAUGAUUAAUUGCUAGAGUUGAAGCAGACGUGUGCUUAAAAUAAAUAAGAAAUAUAAGUAUUGAGAAAAUAAGUUUAAGAUGCUGAACGUAGAAAGAACGAGGAAGGAUGUAAUAUUCAAUGAGAA